UUCCUCCCAUCCCACCCCAUGGAUCCCAUCCCAUCCCAUCCCAUGGAUCCCAUCCCAUCCCAGGGGAUCCUGCUGGGGCUGAGCUGGAUGAUCCAGGUGGGACAGGAGGGUUGGCACUCCCAGCAGGGGCUGUGGAGGAGCAGGAGCUGCAGGAAGGAGCUCUGCCCACAGAACUGGGGGGGUUCCAUGUGGGAGUUGGGUCUGGGGUGGCUCUGCACUGUCCUGGGUGUCCCUGGGGGUUUUUGGGAGUGCAGAGUGGGGAGGGAGGGCAAUCCCCUGAUCCUUGGGGUGAGGCUCAUUCUGCCUCUGGGAAUUCUCUCCUGGACAAAGGAGCUGGUGCUUUGGCAAUUCCUUCAGCUCAGGGACACCCCAGAUCCCUCAGAAAGGGACAUCCAGGGACAUCCCAGGUCCCUCAGAAAGGGACAUCCCUUGGGGACAUCCCAGAUCCCUCAGAAAGGGACAUCCAGGGACAUCCCAGAUCCUUCAGAAAGGGACAUCCCAGGGGUCAUCCCAGAUCCCUCAGAAAGAGACAACCAGGGACAUCCCAGGUCCCUCAGAAAGAGACAUCCAGGGACAUCCCAGGUCCCUCAGAAAGGGACAUCCCUUGGGGACAUCCCAGAUCCUUCAGAAAGAGACAUCCAGGGACAUCCCAGGUCCCUCAGAAAAGGACAAAGGGACAUCCCAGGUCCCUCAGAAAGGGACAUCCAGGGACAUCCCAGGUCCCUCAGAAAGGGACAUCCCAGGGACAUCCCAGGUUCCCUCAGGGACUUUCUCCCACACUGGUGCUGUUCUUCCUUGCCCCGACCCCACAGCAGAUGUGGAUCCUUCUGCUCUGGAAUUCUGGAAUUCUUUUUAUUUUUUGAGAAUAAAAAAAAAAAAUCUUUUCCUGAUGCUGAAGCUGUUCCUGCCUGGCUCACUGGUUUCUCCUGGUGUCUCCAUGGCUGAGGGAGGGGUGGCCAGGACAGGACAGGAGCUUUGGGACUUCCCAAACUGUGACAGGUAGGUGACAGCACCUGGACAGGGGUGGGACACGAGUGCUGAUCCAGAA